UGAUGAUGAUGGUGGAAAUGAUGAGGAAGUGAAGUGAGAUGAGGGGAAAGAAGGAGGAAGAGGCUCAAGCAGUGCAAACCACACAAUUACGGUACCUUGAUGCCUCACUGCCUCAGGAAAUGACAUUUCAUCCCUUGAUCCAAACAUACUCAUAAUACCUCCAAAGUUACAGUACACAUUCAUUCCGGGUCAUCAACCUCACCGGUCAUGAAACCCCCAUACCUCGCCGUGGCCAUCUACCACCCUCGCUACGGCAACUUUCAACACUGGGCCCUCCAUCUCCACUCAGAUACUGAAGACCUCGUUUUCGAAGUCGAUGGCGAGCAUCCCAGCUUCCAAAAGAUGGUAUUCAAUGGGCUUCCUUCCGAUAACCCGGGUUUCAUCGAGUCCAUCUUUGUAUGUCAGAUUGGCAGCCCCGAUAUCCCGACCGUGAAGGACGUCGUCAACGCCACGCCCGUGGAUAAUGAGACCCUCGAAUGGGACUGUCAGGAUUACGUGCUAGAAAUACUUGAGGGAUGUGAGAAGGAAGCUGUGCUAGAGGAUGAGGAUGCCGAUUACGAAGAGGCCAUGGAGAUCCUACGAAGUAGACGGGGGCCGAUCCUUUAGCUUAGCGUCUAACGAUCCCUAGUUGAUAAGGACAGAUGCAUACCGCUAAGGUACAGGAACCCAAGUCCGAGUGCUGCGAUAACAGGGAUUAAUUAUGGUUCCUUCAAGGAGAGAAUACUCAUACUAAAGAGAAUCCAGACUCCGGAACGUCCUCCGAGGUCGGUUUCCGAGCCGAAAGGUAUACAUACAAC